UGUCAGUAAAUCCUGCUGUUUGACGAAUCAUCUACCGCUGGGGCUUGUGCUUUCUUCAGUAUUUUUCAUCCAGUAUUUCUUGCUCUCUACUUGGGUGUGACUGGCAGAGCUUGCCGGGAUGGUCUCCUCCUCUCUGUCAUGUGGUUGCAGCUGCGUUCAUAGCAACUUUCAGAUGGUCAACAAGGUCAGAUGCUCGAGAUCAGCACAACAACACGGCUGCAAAGGUGUAUUUAACGUGACAAACAUGACAGAGAUGAGCCAGACUCAGUUCUCCAGGAGCUCUGGAAGAAUGAGCACCACCGUCCGUCUUCGAGACAUUUAUGAUCCCAAGCCUCAGGCUCCCAAAGGUCCGGUCCGGAUCCGUCCGCCAGCUCCCAGACCUCCAGCUCCCAGAGCUCCUUCCACCAAGGAGCAGGACUCCAAGCCGAACGUUCCCAGCGAGCCUCCACCCCAAACCAUCAUGAGAAGAAGGCGAACCGUGUCUCUGCCUUCAUGUCCUGAUGAGAAGAUCGAGCUGAGGAAGGCCAAAGUACGCUUCGUGGAUGCUCUAGGCCUGGAUCUGGAGGAGGUUAAGCACUUCAAAGUCAAAGAGCACCCCCUUAUACCUGAACACGUUAUGUUCAGACUCAUGAUGAGUUCUGAGCUAGCUUUCGGAAAGGCGCUGGAGCUGAGCCUGCCUUACUUUAAACCUUGUUUCCCUGAAGAUAUGGGCGCUAGCUCGGACUUCCUGACACGUCUGCAGGCCCAGAGCGUCUGUCUGGAGAAGGUUGUGUGUUCAGAGCAGGGAAUAACAGGCACCCUGCACGUCCUUAACUUAGCCUAUGAGAAAGAGGUGAAGGUGCACUACUCCUUCACCAACUGGAGAACGACCACGGACACAACGGCGUCCUGGACGGCCCGAGGCCACUGCGGGGAGCACGACGCCCUGGAGACAGACGUGUUCAGGUUCCGUCUGCCCGUACCACCCUUCAUCCUGCGGCCGGGGGCCACCCUGGAAUUUGCCAUCUGCUACCGCGUGAAUGGACGCGAUCACUGGGACAACAACAAGGGCAACAAUUUCAAACUUUCAUGCCACAACUACAAGGUGACCGUGCCGAGAGAGAUCGAGGACAGCCUGCUGCAUUUCACCUGAGCGGCCACACGAGGGAGGCUGUAGCCGCCGGCACGACGCUCCGCAGCGACGCUCCGCAGCGACGCGACGCAGCGACGCUCCGCAGCGACGCUCCGCAGCGACGCUCCGCAGCGAUGCUCCGCUGCACACAUGUGCACAAGUGGUUUUGAUUUGAUUUUGAUUUUGAUUUGAAGAUUUUUUUUGAAGAUUUUUUUUUAUAUGUACAGCACUUGGUCAGACCUCACAGAUCCACCAACAUGUUCCAAACGGAGUAGGAAUGAAGACACUUAUCAAGUCCUAGCCCUGAAUCUGACAUACAUUCUUACAUAUAACAAGAGUUUCAAUAAACUUACCGGGUACUUAUAAAACACCCAUACCUACGUUAAUAACUGUCCUAUACAGUGAUAUAAUACUCAAUUAUAUGUAUAUAUAAAUAUAGUCAAAAUCAAACAAAUCAAGGCAAACAAAAGAAAAGAAAACAAACACCCAUCAUUUAGUUGUGCUACUAUGUAUGUAUGUACUGAUAGAAGUAAUUAUAAUGCAUAGUAUUACAUUAUCAUUACUUUACUAUAAUAAUACAAUAUAAUAGAGAACAAUAGACAGCAAUGGUAUAACAAUAUACUUGAAUAACUAUAUAAGAGUAGAUAUGCUGUAUACACUGGUUCAUAUAUUUACCUCCAAUUAUAUACAUAGAAAUUACUAUAAAUCUAUAUAUCGACAUAUCUACAUAUAAAUCAAUACAUAUUAACAGAGAUAUAGAUACACAAAUACUGUACGUAUAAUACUACUCAAUAUAUCCAUAUACAUACUUACAUACAUAGUUGAAGUGGAAUUAAAUAAUUCAUUCAAGUCCUUUUAAAGUACUAACUCAUACCUUCACUGUGAACUGCAGCUUGUUCACUGCAGGUUUGUUUCAGUAGGGGAGGUUUUGCUCAGCCGCACUCAGCCGUGCAUGAAGCAUUUUAACUCCACCUCACCUACUUAUUUUAGCAUUAGACAAAGUGAAGAAACUGACAAGAUGCCUAUUAAACGUGCAACUUUAAAUGAACUGCAGCUGAGAUAUGCUUAUGGUUUUACAGUGUUUAUUUAGAGCAAUGAAAUAGCUUCUCAAGUGUUUUCUAGGUCAGACGUGGCGCUAAACACGCCGCCUCCCACAUCUCCAGCUGAGUCACAGUUUAUGUAAAACAAAAAAUAACUAAAGUCCUGGGCAACAAACCAGAUUGUGAGUCAACACUACAUGUGGAUCUGAAUAAAUGAUUUUAAAUCAUGGCAUAUCACUUUAAAAUGUUGUCAUUGUGUUUCCAGUCAUGAAAGAGUCUCCUGCUGAGCUUGUACGCCAAUCCAAAGAAUUUGCACUAUAAAAAGUCUGAUAACCCAUUUUUAGGGAUUGAAAGUUGUAGUGCAGAAUUUGCACAAGUUGAUAUAAAUCCAUAAUCUGUGCUGAUUUCACAAAACUGGAGCGGAUGUGGAUGUACUAGGUGACUCAGCAGUUUGUGCAGGCUUGACCCCAUUCCUGGGGAGCUUGUUUUGUUUGAAGAAGAGGAUUACAGGGAGGGAUGUUGGCUCCACCGUUAGAUCCGAGCAGCGCUGACCUUUCACCACAAACUUUCCAGUGACACGGGAGCCCUGAUUCCCCAGCGGGUCCUGGCAGCCACGACUCGGUGGGGGGGGGGGGGGGG